CAGAGAGUUCCAGCUUCCGACAGGCAAUUGUCGCCUGGAAGAACGCAACAAUCUUCCACGUGGCCGUCAAACAUUUCAAUGGCAAGAUUUAGUAUUUCCUAUGGAUCUGCCAAGAUCAUACUUGCAGAAACAGUAGCUGCUGGCGCAUAUGGGAAGCUUAUUCGCGUUAGACAGCGCAAAGCGGAUGCACUAUGGUAGACAGCCCACGGGGACUUGGCACGGCCAAACUAAGCAUGUCGGAAGGUGGUAUUGUCGAUAAUCUUCACUGGGCAUGUAAUUGAUUUUGGGGGGAAGCGGACUUCGAGCACUCCUUCACCUCGAGAUGAACGCUCUGGCCGUGAGACGGAAAUAGAGGCGGAUCUAUUUCUCUCGUCAGCCUUACAGGAUUGUGAGUUUUGCUGCCAUACCUGGAGAAUGGUAUAAGUAAGUUCUCUCCAGUCAAUUUCGUUAGGCGUUAGGAGACAUCGGAUUCCUGAAAUGGAACUCACCAUGGGCCGCUCAGCUCUUUUUUUCUUUCUCUCCUUCCUUUUGCACCUCGCCUCAGCAGACAUAUCCGGUGAUAGUGGACUAGUCAAGGAUGCGUUUCCAAACCCAGUGCCCGACUAUGCCUUUGGGCUAAACGAUAGAUCUCUUGGCAGUCGUCAGAGGGUCUGCCCAACACCUGGCCCAGGCGCAAGACUGUGUGAUAAAGAUACCAAAUGCGCGGACGGAAGCUGUUGUAGUGAAUGCGGCAUAUGCGGUUAUGGCCCCACCUACUGCGGUGAGGGGAACUGCACUAGCAGCUGUGAAGCCGUGGCUAUGUGUGGUGUUUAUGGCGAUCUCACAGUGAACAAUGGUGAAUGCGGGAUGGGCCUCUGCUGUAGUGCCUAUGGAUGGUGUGGCACAACUGAGUCCCACUGCAUCGGAACCCCAGAUGCUCCCUGCCAAUCCGACCACGGCCCCUGUGCCAUCGCCGCCCCCCAAAAAUGCGGCGUGGGUUCGGGCACGACCAACAAGCGCACCAUCGCCUACUAUCAGGCUGUCGGCUCGUAUGGGCGGAUCUGCAACAGCAUCAAGCCUCGCAACAUCGACACAACAAAGUUUACGCAUUUGUACUAUGCCUUCGCGUCGAUCAAUCCGGAAACGUUCGAAAUUGCCGUAACGGACAAGGACAAGGAGAUCAUUCCUGAGUUUACGGCCCUGAACAAAACGCUUAAAACCUGGAUUGCUGUUGGUGGAUUUGAUUUCAGUGAACCCGAUGCGCCCACGCAUACGACCUGGAGCGAUUUGGUUUCCUCGGCGGCUAAUAGAAAGACAUUUAUUACUUCACUGAUGGAUUUCAUGGAUUUCUGGGGGUUUUCCGGUGCCGACUUGGACUGGGAAUACCCUGUCGAUGAAACUCGCGGUGGCAAGAAGACUGACACUGCCAACUUUGUCCUUCUUGUGAAGGAAAUGAGAGAGAGGUUUGGCACAAAGUACGGGAUCAGUAUGGCUAUUGCUCCCGACUACUGGUAUCUCCGCUGGUUUGAUCUGUUCUCGAUGCAACAAUUUGUCGAUUUUUUCGGGUUCAUGACAUAUGAUUUGCACGGAUUUUGGGAUGGCACAAAUGCAAACAUUGGCACGACAAUUCGAGGCCAAGCCGGCAUAGACGAGAUCCAGAAUAACACUGCACCACUGUACUUUGACAAGCUGGAUUUUAGCAAGAUCAACUUCGGCCUAGCAUACUAUGGCCGAGGAUACACGUUGGCAAACCCAACUACAUGCAAGGAACUAGGCUGCACUUUCACGGGGCCAAGCAACCCGGGAAAAUGCACCAAGCAGAAGGGUGUCUUGUCGCUCACUGAGAUUCAGCAAACGAUACAGACCGAGGGGAUUACACCCACGCUGCUCGGCCCGCAGAUGAUGAAGUCCAUUCAAUGGGCCGACCAAUGGAUUGGGUACGACGACGACGAGACCUUCGCCAUGAAGAAAGCGUGGGCCGACGACUAUUGCUUUGGCGGGACUAUGGCUUGGAGCGUCGAUUUCAACUCGGGGCCUGGUAAUGGAAACACCCCCCCGACUACGACGGAUGGAACCUGUGGCAAGGACCAUGAUUAUACGAUGUGCGGCAAUGGAUUUGGGAACUGCUGUUCGAGCGGGGGUUGGUGUGGCGAUAGUGACGCCCACUGCGGCUCAGGAUGUCAGAGCGAAAGCGGAACCUGCACUCAAGGAGGACCAACAACGGACGGCACUUGUGGCGUUGGUAACAACGGCCUUGAGUGCGACUUAUUCGAAAGUGGUCCAUGCUGUUCUAACUCCGGAUACUGUGGGUUUGGGAGCAGUUGGUGCGGGGUCGACAAUUGCCAGGCCGGAUGUGCCUACUUCCAAUUGCAAGAGGGACUCGGGAUUAAAGAAGUCGACCGGACCCAAGGACCCCUUAUACCAGACGCCUCAUGCUGGGAUAUCAAAGGUGUAACAGACUCGCAAGGCACGAGGCUCAAUAGAGACAUGUGGAAAAAAACGAAUUCCGGGGGCGAAUUUCAUAACUGGUAUGAGGAUAAUUUUGACUCGCCCCAAGGCUGGCUCGAGGCACUUGCAAACCCCCUGGGCCUGGGGCAAAGCCAUGCCACAUGCAAAAUUGACACGCCAUGCGCGCGGCCGAACUGCAAGGACUUAGAGAACCAACAGGAACCUGGGACGGCGUGGAAGUACAUGACCGUCAUCUCGGCCGUGAACGUGAACCAGUAUUUUCACAGUCUAUGGGAAGCGGUCGGCAAUGCAAAUACGCGAUUCGCCGCUAACGACUGGAGGCUAUCUAAGACGUUUUGGCCGGUCCCCAAGGGUGACGUUCUGCUCGACACACUGGUUCUUAAUGGACUUGCCGCUGGUCUACAGGCCAUGUUGUCGCUUGGGGGCGGAGCGGGAGCUGUCGCGGGUGCCCUGACUGGCGGUGCCAUAUACGAGGCCAUAGCAGAGAUCCAGAUGGGAGGCACCUCUCAAGAUGAUGGCGAUCACGUAGUUGCGUUCCAACAAUUGACCGACGUAAUAUCUCAGGGCGCGCGGACAACCUUUGACAAGGCCAACGCUGCUAUAGUGGCCGGGAAUGGAAGUUGGCCAGGUGCACGCCAGGUGCAUGAUUUGUUCCAAGACGGUGACUGGGUGGACUAUAGAGAGAUACCGGUUGUCAGUGGCAGCGUGUCUGUCACCGAUGUAGAGAAUGCCUUCUUCCAACUCACUGUUGCCAACCUCGUCAACUACGCCUGGCGCCAGCAGGUCGUUUACCUAGCCUGCUACCCAAUGUCGCAAGAAACUUUCGAUAAUACUGAAGUCAAAGCCGGGAACAACGAGGACAAGCUAAAGAUAUACUACGGAGGCAUCGGUUGUUACUUCCAGUCGGCCCUGCCCAACAAGACGCUCUUAAACCAGGCUACCAGCAACUUUGAUCCUCCCGGAUGGAAAGAGCUUGAAAGCGACGAUUACCCCUUUAGCACGCACGACAUCAUGAUUUCUAGCAUAGAUUCCUGGGAUCGGUACGGAAUGGGCGAGGAAGACCGCAGCCGGGACGAGAACUUCUGGGACCCAUUCGGGCCGGGCAAGGAUUAUAAAGAGGCAUUCCGGAGCAGCGGCCUAUUCAACAUCGCCGUAUGCAUUCCGGAGACGUCCGACGACCCCAAGGCGGGCUGGGACAACCCCAACAGCGACGACACGCCCACCCCGACCGGCAUCGAGACUUUCUUUGAGUCGCUGCAUGGAGACGGUUCGGACAGUGCGUAUCAGAAUUGGUGUUAUUGUCUCUACCGUAGAAACGAACGUAACAAGUCCCUACAUGAGAUUUACAAGGAUAAUGAUUGGGAUGGGGCCUGGUCAGAGUCGUGCCUGUCCGUGCCUUGGGGUGGCGGGGUCAAAUGAGACCUUUUUGGUAUUUGACAGAAAGGGGAUGAUAAUUGGGCGAGUUGGGUGUAGAGACAGCACAAUCUGAUUCAAUACUCGGGGAGACCAUGUCUUCCAUUCAGCUGGUUAGGGAAUACUCGGUGGUUUCACCCCGCUAUCUAGAGCUCAAUAACUAUACUACAAUGACUGCAUAAUGAUGAGGAG